UUUACUAAUAGCUUUAAGCAUACUCCGUGAUUGAUCGAGCUGCACUGCUGGCCUUCGGCUGCAAGCUGCACCCAACGCGUGACAUCCAGCCGAACCACACUCGCCACAUUGUUAGGCGUGAGCCCACGCCUCGGCUAAGCAACGAUGAAGGCAAAGACACACUUCUUCAAGAAUUUGGACCUUACGUCCAUCUUGGUGCCUGAGGAGGGAGGCGUUUUCACAGGCACCAAGGUUGUCUGCACUGUGGGACCCUCUUGCCAGGAUGUGGACACGAUGAGCGAAAUGCUGCAAGCCGGCGUGGUCGGCUGCCGCGUCGACCUCACCUGGGGCCCCCUGGAGUUUCACCGCAAGUCGCUGGCCAACCUGCAGCAAGCCAUGCGCAAGAGUCGGCGGUUGUGCUGCACCAUGGUGGACACGUUGGGUCGGGAGCUCAUGAUUCGUCGCCAGGUCAAGAUUGGCGAGGACGGUUGGCCCAUCCACGAGGAGUCCUUCACCGUCACUGCAGGCCAGCAAGUGACCAUCACCACCCGCACCGACGUGGAAGCCUCCAGCAGCGUGCUCCCCAUCACAUACUCCAAGUUCACGGAGAUGGCGGUCAAGGGCGACACCAUUUACAUUGGGCGAUACCUGGUGUGUGGGGCGGACUCGGCCUCCCUGUAUCUGGAGGUGCAGGAGGUGCUCGCUGACGAGGUGGUUUGCGUUGCCAAGAACGAUGCGGUGCUGGGCGGCCUGCUGACGGUGUUCCACGCGGAGCGCUCCACGGAGGGGCUGUCCAACGUGCAGAACGACCUGCCCCUGCUCUCGGACUAUGAUAAGGAAUGCCUCCACAUCCUGGCGCAGGAGUUUGAGAUCGACUUUGUGUCGUUGUCGUACACUCGCGCGGCUGAGGACGUACGGGAGGCUCGCAGGUUCCUGGACUCUAUCGGCAUGAGCAACACCAAGAUCCUGGCCAAGCUGGAGUCCCGACAGGCCCUGCUCAACUUCCAUGGCAUCCUGAACGAGGCCGACGGUGUCAUCAUUUCCCGCGGCAAUCUGGGGUUGGACACCGUGCCAGAGAAGAUGGCGCUUGUGCAGAAGACACUGGUGCAGGCCUGCAACCUCGUCGGCAAGCCGGUGCUGCUGACCCGCGUGGUCGAUACGAUGAUCAACACCCCCCGCCCCACUCGCGCGGAGGCCACCGACGUGGCGAACGCGGUGUUGGACGGAGUGGACGGCAUUCUGCUGGGCGCUGAGACGCUGCGCGGGCGCUACCCCACGGAGACGGUGCGGACCAUUUGCAGCAUCAGCCGCGCCGCGGAGAAGGUGUUUGACCACCACUAUCACUAUGAGCACUUGAUGGAGGUCGCCUACGAUGUGGGUGACUUGGGCGCAGCGAGUGAGCGCCUGCCUGCAGCCGACUCGGACGAGGAGGGCUUCAUCUCCCCGCCCGCCCUAGCCGCAGACGCCCCCAACGGCACCGCUGCGGCCUCAGCCAGCCGAGGCUCCUCCUUCCGCGUUGCCGCCCUAUCCAACCCCGGGGGCCCGCUGCGCCGUGACGACAGCUGGAACAGCGUUACCUCUGCAGGCGCACAUCACCAGCUGCCGCCGCUGGGGGUGGCUGCGAAGACGAUGGCGAGGUUUAGCCAGGCGGCUAGCACGGGGUCGCUGGCGGGGAUGACGGGGUAUGGGCGGGUGGCCUCGGCGUCUGGGGCGGCGUACCAGCGGGCUCCGUACAUCAGCAAACUGGAGUCCAUAGCCUCUUCUGCCGUCCGCGCCGCCGACCGCGUGGGCGCCUCCCUCAUUGUUGUGUACACCCACACGGGCAAGACGGCGCAGCUGGUGGCAAAGUACCGCCCGCCCAUGCCCAUUCUGACACUGGUGGUGCCGCAUCUGGUGUCGGACCAACUCAAGUGGAAGCUGGAGGGGAGGUCGAGUGCCCGGCAGUGCCUGGUCUGCCGCAGUCUGCUGCCGGUGCUGGCGGCCCCCAGCCCGAGUGGCGACCAGCUGCUGCAGGAGGCGGUGGUGAUGGCGAGCCGAGUGGGGCUGGUACGCCCGCACGACCAUGUGGUGUGUGUACAGCGGAUUCAUGACGACUUUUGCGUCAAGAUUAUCAGCGUGGAUGAGCUGGGUGCAGGCAUCAAGCGCGACGACAUGCAGCACUCGGUCUUUGGCGCCGGCAGCAUCUCGAGCCCCAGCGCGCUGCCGCCCCAGCACCUGUCGGGGUACGAUUCCCCGCGGGUGCACAACAACCCCAUUGGCAACAAGUUUGGCCCCAUGUCGCCUGUUGGGCUGGAGGUGGGCAGUUUCUCCGGGCCCCUGGGCGGCAGCUCGCUGACCCCUGUGCGGCAGGGACUGUAAGAAGUGCCGAGCAACAUCAGCAGCGGCGGCGAACUAGCUGAGCUUGUUAGGAUAGACAUGACAGGCUGCGGCGCUAUCGUUGAACAAUCGGUGGCAAGACACGGGUGUUUGUAAUGACGUCCUGUGGCAUGAUUGCCGGGCCGCCUGGGAUAAGGGGGCCUUGGUAUCCUACUAUGAUGAGAAGGGGUGGACAGAUGGAGACAGGUGGCGAUGAUGACGCGUGCAUGGAGAGCGUCCGUGCACUACUCGAGGUGUGUUGCGUAUUUUGUGGUGUUUGACCGCAUGGUCAACGAGGGAGAGUUGGAGGGAUUGAGAGAGCUGCGGGAUGUGUGUUUGUGCGUGUUUGGGAGUCUUAAAUAUGCGGUGGGAGUCUAGAGCGAUCCUUUCCACCUGUGGUAUGGCACUUGUGCCUUGCUUUGGGAGAACUGGAUAAUUUGUACUUUGAGGAGGGGUUGAACUAGACAGACAGCCAUUGGAUGGAAGUAGGAAACUUACAUGUGGGUAGUGGGGAAGGACAGCUGGAAUGGCAUGUUGGGCGGGUGAAUAGGGGUGAGGCGAAUGUUUGACGGUUCGCGUUGUUCCUCGAAGCAACAUAAUGUGUCUGGGUAGGGUAGCGAAACAGAUUUCAAAUGAGCGGCUGGGGUAGCCUAAUUUGUGGUUUGGGGAGGGUAGGGGCAGGUAGAAGCAGGACAUGAUGCUUGGAGUGACUUAGGCUUGGACAGCUAUGCCAUGGUUCAUAGCCGAGCUGGAUAAAUAUGGUUUGGCGGUUUGCGGCGGGCAAACAGGACUCGAAAGAGCACGGCGGCGCCACUGACAAUUGCACGUGUUACAAUGUUGCACAUUGCGUGGAAGCCAAUCGAAAGUAUUAUUACUCGACAGUUCAAUGCUGCAUAGCGGCGAGUUAAGUAAAGGUUUGAUCACAUGGCCAAGUUGCAACAGGAGGGGUAUUCGUUGCUCCACCCCUUUGGCCU